UUUAUUUCAGAGGGCGGACAAAAAAUAUUGUAACACCGCCACGAAGCUUCACAUUUGCGUGAUAACGAAUAAGAUGGGUGAAGUGUCUGCAGACAGUUUGACCCUGGACCUUCUACGAGAAGCCAGGGAGACCGUGAGGAGAAGCCCGUUGGGUGUCAUCAACACCCCCAUGAUCCCCUGGAGCCAGACCACCCUGCCUGUCCACAAGGCCCACAGUAUCUAUAUUAAACUGGAGAACAUGCAGACAACGGGGUCCUUUAAAAUCCGAGGUGUGGCCAAUCAAUUUGCCAGGAGGCCAAAAGGCGGCCAUUUUGUCACCAUGUCCGCCGGGAAUUAUGGAAAGUCGUUUGCGUACGCGUCAAAACACUACGGGUCGAGAGGCAAAGUGGUGAUGCCGGAAAAUGCCCCGAUGUCCAGAUCCGUCCUCAUACAGAGUUUUGGCGUGGAUGUGGAGAGAGUUCCCACUUCCUGUCUGAUGGAUGUGGUAAACCGUUGUGUUAAGGACGAUGACAUGACCUUCCUGCACUCUUAUGACGACCUGGAUCUCAUAGCAGGACAUGCCAGUUUGGGUCUGGAGGUCCUAGAGGCGGUGCCCGAGCCUGACGUGGUGGUGGUGUGCUGCGGAGGAGGGGGGCUGCUGGCCGGAGUGGCUGCUGCAAUCAAGCUAUCAGGAUGUGACGAGACCAGAAUCUACGGUGUGGAACCAGAAGGAGCCUGUACCAUGUACAAGAGCUUCAUCGAGAAGAAGCCGGUGGGCAUGGACACACGCAGCAUCGCAUCAGGACUUGCGCCACCAUUUGCAGGCAUGCUGCCCUACGAGCUGUGCCAGCGCUACGUAGAAGAAAUAGUCCUGGUGAGCGACGACGACAUCAAGGCGGCCGUGUCGACCCUGUACCGAGCCGGCCUGGUGGUGGAGCCGUCCGGUGCGGCCGCCUUCGCCGCUAUCGCUUCCGCCAAGUUACCCCGACUGGAGGGGAGCAACGUCGUUUGCGUCCUCAGCGGGGGGAACAUCGGCCAGGACGAGCUUGCAAACUUCCAAGACUGACAGAGUAUAAGGCAAAUGGAAAGAUUGUGACGGUUAAAACCAUUGGAACAAAUGUGUGCAUGAUUCAACAGUACCUUU